AUGGAGAGAUCUGUGCCUCACCAUGAGAAAUUUGCCUUGCUAAUGGAUGACGUCCACCGCAUCAGACAACAAUUUACAUUUAGCAUCCCUAUUCUUGUUACAGGAAAGCAAGCGAAUUUUACGUAUAAGCUUGCAAAGGAAACACUAGUUUCUCGCAACAUCAGACCUAUGCCUCGUACUACUCAGAAGAAGACUUGUGGAAUUUGCUUUGUGGAUGAUAUCGAAGGUCAGGAGAUGUUUUCCGCUGCUUUAUGCAGUCAUUACUUCUGUGUGGAGUGCAUGAAACAACGUAUAGAAGUGAGUCUAAACGAGGGAGGUGUACCUAGAUGUCCGCGUCAUGGCUGCAAAUCAGCCCUAACUCUUAGAAGUUGUGACCAUCUUUUGACACCUAAACAAAGAGAGAUGUGGGAACAAAGGAUCAAAGAGGAGUCAAUUCCUGUAUGUAACAGAUUUCAUUGCCCAAAUCCAAAGUGCUGGGCUUUGAUGUCGAAGACCGAGCUUACUGAAUCCACUGACGAUGGAGUUAGGAGAUGUUGCUCUAAAUGCCGUAAACCCUUUUGCAUUGACUGCAAUGUUUCGUGGCAUAGUAACUUGUCUUGCAAGGAAUACAAGAUGAAGGGUAACAAGGCUACUACAACAGUGUGGCUAUACGUUUUGCUAUGCAUGCGGAACCCAAUGGAAGCUUGGAGGUUGCUCUCAUCAUCGCCAAUUGGUGAUGAAACUGGUGGACGUUUCUAUGGUCUUCAUUGUCCUCAUUUCUCUUUUUUUCCUUAG